AUGACCACUGGUGUAACGGACGGCAGCAUGAAACCUUCUCUUACCAUUUUCGAGAAGCUCAACUUCGCUUUCAGAUUACCACUAAUUAUCCUUCCUCGCUUGAUAAUCAACUGUGUGCGAUGCACGUGGCUUGCGUGGCGGCGAGCGCUCCCCAUACACUUAUAUCUGCGCGUCGGGAUCAUCCGCACCAUUCUUGGAUGUCUCAAACCACGCGAGAUCCAGUUUAUAAGUCCGACGUCAGUCGAGACCUAUGAGUCGUGGAUGUCGAAGAAGACAGCCGCAGCUCGCCGUGCCAACGACAUCUCGGCGCUUGACAGACUGAAGAUGGACAUCGAGAUGUUGCCUGACGGCAAAUCGUCCCUUUUGUGGAUCGGGAAUCGCAACAAGGCGUCAAAAUACGUGUUGUUCCUCCAUGGUGGUGGAUAUAUUGCACCAAUGGCACCUGGACACCUUGAAUGGUGCUACCGUGCGUACAUCGAAAACGAUGUUCCCGGUGUCGAGGUUGCCGUUGCUGUCCUGCAAUAUACGCUCUGUCCGGAUGCAAGGCACCCGUUGCAGAUCUCACAAGCCAACGCCGCUCUGGGAUGCAUGUUGAAUUCGGGUAUUCGCCCUGGUAAUAUCGUUGUAGGAGGCGACUCGGCUGGAGCCAAUCUCACCGCACAGUUGUUAGGCCACCUCGCUCAUGGAAAGCCUCAGAUCACCUUGAGCGAACCGCUCGCCGGCGCAUUUACAGUAUCUCCGUGGGUUUCGACAUCGACCACGAUGCAUUCGUUCCUGGAAAACCAGUAUAUCGACAUGCUCGCGUCGGAGAUUGCAGCCACCUCAGCACAGGCACUACUAGGGGAAUCUCAAACUCCACCGAGGUCGAUUGAAGACCAGCGAGGAUGGCCUAUGCCACUUGACGUUGAUGGCAAAUGGCUUAAUGACUGGGAGAAAGUGAGCAAGGCGUUGUAUGUCACGGUUGGGUCACAUGAGGUGCUGCGUGAUCAGGGUGUCCUUUUCGCAGAGCACGUUCGUCAGAGAAACAAGGCAAUGGACGUGUGUCUACAUAUUGCUGAAACAGAUGCACACGACUUUGUCCUGCUUGAGGCCUUGAUGGUUUUUGAAGCCGGCGAAAAAAUGGCAGAUAUGCCAACACCUAGGUUAGAUCAGCAUCGGUCUAUGGUCAUGUCGUUCUUCGGACGCCAGGCUUCGUGA